UUGAUAAAGUUGGAAUGGACGACCGUCAGUUAGAUCUGACUGAGGCACAGAAAGCAGUUAAAGCCAAAUAUCCGCCAAUUAACAAGAAAUACGAAUAUUUGGAUCACACAGCAGAUGUACAACUGCACUCGUGGGGUGACACUCUGGAAGAAGCAUUCGAGCAGUGUGCUAUGGCCAUGUUUGGGUACAUGACGGACACAGAGACGGUGGAGCCCAUCGACACCUUGGAGGUGGAGUCUGAGGGCGACGACAUGGAAUCACUUCUUUUCCAUUUCCUGGAUGACUGGUUGUACAAGUUUUGUGCAGAGCUGUUCUUUGUUCCCAGAGAGGUCAAAGUUGUGCAUUUGGACAGGCUGCACUUCAAGAUCCGCUCCAUCGGGUGGGGUGAAGAAUUUUCUCUGUCGAAGCAUCCGCAGGGAACUGAGGUGAAAGCCAUCACGUAUUCCGCCAUGCAGAUCUACGAUAAAACAAAGGCGGAGGUAUUUGCCAUUAUUGAUAUCUGACGAUACCUCAGGAGGCUGAUCGGACUGCUAAUCUCAUGGAUCUGAAGCAGCUGUGUGACUUUAAAAAAAAAAAAAAAAAAAAGCAAGGCACGGAUGACUGACUUGAGAGAGGUGGAGUUUUUUUUUUUUACCUCCAUGUUUAACUUAUCAGCUUCUGAUAAUGGAUGCCACCAAAAUGAGUGAGAGUGAUUAAAUAUUUCAGACAUCACAUUGUAAGUAGUAAAUAAGCCGUUCAUGAAUGGCACAGAUAUACAGGUAAAUAUAUGGUGACGGUCAUUACCAACUCCUUGAAGUCUAAUUUGUAAUGACAUUUUUAAGACUUGAUUUUAUUUUAAACAACAUAAAUUUGACAUUUAUUCACUACAGAUAUUGUAUUGAUGCCUUAUUGGUCAUUGUAGAUGUUUGUUUUUCUGUGAGAUGAAAUUAAAAGUUACACUUGAUACCAUCUGAAC